AUGUCCCUCAGCACUUCAAGCAGCGAUGAGUUUUAUGGCGAUCACGUUCAUAAAUGGGAGGAGAUUCACCAUCUAGUCUCAACUAACCAGGUGAAGCUUAUCCGCCGUAACCGUGAAGGACAACGUCGAUACCGCGCAUGGAUUGAAGACACGCUAUCAAAGUACAAGGACAUUGAGGAUUAUCUGCUGACCGAGAAGCUGCAUUUUCCAUUGAAUGAUGAUGAUGAAGAACGGCCUCAUGUUAUCGUGCUUCCUAAUGAUUUCCCAUAUUCGAUGGAGCCUGGCAUCCAGCAUAUCCUCAUCUGGUCACAAAGGUCCCUCAAGGAAACAUACGUGUUGGAGAUCUUGGAGGAAAGAUAUGGAUCCUCAAAGUGGGAAUGGGUUUAUUUUGUCAAUCCACCAGAGACACAAAGCGUACGUCGACUCCCUCACGUCCAUGUAUUCAUGCGUCCUAUUCAACUUCAGCAAGUGAAUGGUAGCAAUAGUGAUUAG